AUUAAAUUUUAUUGUACAAAGGACAUAGUCCCACAGUCACAUGUCCUAUGAGGGUGUUGAGUUAUGCAAAAAUUGGGAGGAAGGGCGUGAUAGAGUUGGGCGUCAAUUGGGUUCGUUAGAGUCAGAGUGUUCGCCCGGCUCUCUUGGAUCGGGAGAGGAGGAGGCCAGGUUGAGUGACGAGAAGAAGUUGGAUGGUCCUGGCGAACCUUCAAAGGGGAGGGUCGGUCAAGAGAGAACGUUGGACGAGACGGCUGCGAAGUAUCGGCGUGGGUCCAGGCCUUCGUUGAGGGGUGUGACCAACAAGAAGACCAAGCAUCUGCUAGAGGUUACAGAGAGAAAAUACGCAGAGGCGGUGAGGAAUGCUGCUAGGGCAGAGGUUUUGCUUUCGGAUGAGAGGGGGUGUUUGGAGGCGGAGAGCGAGUUAGAGGCGACGUGGAAAGUGAAGCAGAGUGACAUUCAGAAGCAGAGUUCUUUGGCCAGCAGUCAUAAGGUGUUUCAUUUGAGGUUGGAAACUUAUGCACCAUAUACAUUGAGUUAUUCUAGGAGCGGGAGAUAUGUGCUGUUGGGCGGGGAGAAGGGCCACGUGGUGAUGUUUGAUUGGUAUAAGAGCGAAUUGAUGUGCGAGCUGGAGUUGAAGGAGAGUGUGUACGACGUGCAGUUUUUACACAACGAGACGAUGUUUGCAGUGGCACAGAGGAAACACGUGUAUAUAUAUGACAAGAAGGGUGUGGAGUUGCAUUGUUUGAAGAGCCAGGAGUGGGUGAGGAGUUUGAGUUAUUUGCCGUAUCAUUUUCUUUUGGUGAGUGUUGGGAAGGACGGAGUAUUGAGGUAUCAGGACACAAGUACGGGCGCGUUGGUGGCUACAAAAAGGACGAGAUUGGGUUGCUGCACUUGUAUAAGACAGAAUCCGGCGAAUGCAGUGAUACAUUUGGGUCACCAAAAUGGCGUGGUGACGAUGUGGACGCCGAGCGAAGAGGAGCCGUUGGUGAAGAUGUUGUGUCACAGAGGACCGGUGCUGGAUAUAGCGAUCGAUGUGAUGGGGAGGUACAUGGUGACUUCGGGUGAAGACAAGGUGGUGAACGUGUGGUCGUUGGCUUCAAAGUCGGAGGGUGGCUAUGAGAAGAUUUGUUGCUAUGUGAUGAGGGAAGCUGCACGUCGUUUAUCGCUAAGUCAGACGGGACUGCUGGGGCUGGCAAGGAGAUCGUGCGUUGAGGUUUGGAAAGACUUUGUAGAUCGGGGGGCGACAUCUCAUUGGUCGAAGGUGUAUAUGAGGUACAGGGUGUCCAGAGAGGUGAGAGAUAUUGAAUUUUGUGCAUUUGAAGACGUGCUGGGAAUAGGACAUGGGGGCGGAUUUUCGUCUAUCGUGGUUCCGGGCGCGGGAGAGGCCAAUUUGGACACGUACGAAGAGAAUCCUUACGAGACGAAGAAGCAGAGGAGGGAGAUGACAGUUCACCGUCUGUUGGAGAAGAUUCAGCCAGAAAUGAUAUCAAUCGAUUCGAACGUGAUUGGGACAUUUGGGAACUUCUCAAGGCAGCAGCUGGAGAGCGUUAAGAGGCUGGUGAGAGAGACACCGGUUCAAGGGAGUGAAUUAGAACCGAAGCGAAGCGGUGAGAAGAUUGUCGUCUCGAGAGAGGAAACGCAAGAGAAAAACCGAUUGAAAUUGAUAGAAUUGAGGAAACAGAAGCAGCUUCAAAGACAAAAAGAAGACAUGGAGUACGAGAAGUGGUUGGAGUCGCCAAGACCGGCGCUAGACAGGUUUUUGAAAAAGAGCACAUAGGUUUGUACAAAUAUAGGGUUUUAUGGCUUAUGAAUGAGCGCAUCUAGGUCUGCUUGCCAAUUUAGGAGUCCGAUGAGUUUUUUGAUGGAUUGUUGGCAAUUGCCGAUGAUGAUGAGGUCUCGAUACAAGGAUGGUAUGGCGGGUUUUUUAAAGUCACCGACGACCGCGUUGUUCACGAGCGCUCUGACGCACGUGUUUGGUACCAUGGAUACAAGGUCCGAGAAGGGAUAAACUUGUAGAGAAGUUCCAAUGACCAAAAGGAGGUCAGCUUUUGACAGGUCGCUGUGUCGGAGUUGAUAAAAUCUGUCCGGCAGACUUUCACCGAAGAAUACGAUAUCGGGUUUGACGAUACCCGAGCAGGACUCGCACUUGAGGAAUGAAUGAAGAAGUAGUUCCUCUUUUACCCAAGACAAAGGGUAAGAUUUUUUGCACGAGAGACAGGUGCUAGACGCGAAGCUUCCGUGGGCGAAGACGAGGUUGUUCAUGUCGAUUCCGGCCUGGAUUUCCAGCGUGUCGAUAUUUUGAGUGUAAUUUCUCAGGAGAAGCUGCUUUUCCUGGAGAAUUCGGAUAAAGUAGUGACACGUGCUCGGACGGUGGUUACCCGGACAUAGGGACUUGGCGAGGUCGAAAAACGGCAUUGGGUUGAGAUAAAAGAAGCGGAUGUCAAAUAUGGCUUCCGGAAUUGGAAGGUUGUAUUUGGCCAAGUUAUCAUACAAGCCCGUUCCAGGAGUCCGGAAAUCCGGAAUUCCACACUCCACGCUAAUUCCUGCGCCCGUCAGGACAACUAUGUUUUUGCACCGAGUCGACGCCAUAUAUGAAGCGAGCUCUGAAAGGUCUUGAUCGGACCGAUCUUCUAGCUGAAUCCUCUGAAGAUCACUGACGAGUAACGUAACUUGGAGAGGUGAGAAAAAAUUCCAAAAAAAAUUCUAAAAAAAAGUACCUUCUGGGAUUGUCA